UAGAACAUGUUAAGUCUAAAGCUAACGCUAAUUGUGAUGCACUUUCGAGAUUACCGAUAAAUGACGAAACUGAAUUAAUCGAUACAAAUUUUUCUUACAUAAACUUUUUUGAAGACGGUUCUAUCGCAUUUGAUUAUAAAAUAUUGCAAAAGGAAAGCAAAAAAGACAUUGUAAUAAGAUCGGCGAUAAAAAACGUAUUAAAUGUAUGGCCAAACAAUACAGUAGGAAUGCAAGACAAACUUAGAUUAAUUUAUAACAAAAGAGUAGAAUUAACAGUUGAAAAGGAAUGUCUUUUCUGGGGAUUAAGAGCAAUUAUCCCGAAAAGUAUGAGAAAUAUAGUAUUAAGAGAGUUACAUGAAACCCACUUAGGCAUCGUAAAAAUUAAAACACUUGCUCGUUCUUACGUAUGGUGGCCAAACAUCGACCGUGACAUAGAAAAUAUGGUUAAUAAUUGUAAAAUUUGCGUAAUUGAAAGGAAAAAACCGCCACACACGCCGUUAACAACAUGGCCUUACCCAGACAAGACAUGGGGCAGAAUUCAUUGCGAUUUCGCAGAACCGGCAAAAUGUAUUUACUAGUAGUUGAUGCGCAUACGAAAUGGCCAGAAAUAAUCAACUUUAAUACUAACACAAAAGCGUAUAAACUAAUUGAAGUUUUCAAAGAACUGUUCUCAAGAUUUGGUUUCCCUUAUCAUUGUGUAACGGACGGAGGUCCCCAGUUCAGAAGUGAUGAAUUCCGCCAAUUUUUGGCUAGACAUGGCGUAAAACAAUCAUUAAGCCCACCUUAUCACCCAGCUACCAAUGGAGCGGCCGAGAAUUUAGUUCAAACAUUCAAAGAUAAAGUGAAAAAAAUUGUAAAAGGGGAGGAAAGUAUAGAACACUGCACGACUCACCGGAGUCCAGCGUACAUAAUGUACAAGCGCGAGCUGCGCACGCGAUUUGAUCUUUUGCGUCCUAACGUGAGCGAAAUAGUUGAAAAAAAUCAAAAGGCGCAAAUAAACGCUAGGCCGGGAAACCGCAAAGUUAAUUUCGAACCGGGAGAUCAAAUUAUGAUCGACGAUUAUGGAGUUAGGUCGGAAAGGCGCAUUGAAGGCGAAGUUGUUAGCCAAACAUCUCCGUCCACGUUCAUGGUGGUGAAAGACAAAAACGGAGUCUUGCAGAAAAGACACGUGGAUCAAAUGCUCAGGCGUUCGCCCAGGUUACGCAGGGAAUUGAAUUAA